AUGAGUUCAAAGUAGUUAAAAUUUGAAGAAGAAUAUGAAAAUCCUAAUAAAGAGAAUGAAGGUCCUUAAGAAAUUAUUCAACACAAUCUUUAACAUUCCAAUAGACCUCCAUUAACAGAUAUUACAGAUGUUUUAUAUCCUAAAAAAAAAUCAAAAAAAUAAUAAUAGUAAUAACAAUAAUAAAAUGUAUUUAUGUCCACAGUCUCUUUAAGAUGA